AUGGCAACGAGGACUUGGCUGGAAUUGAUACAGGCAGCAAAGAAGUCUUCCAUAGUACAGGAUGGUAAGCCGUAUUUUAAUAUUCACUCUUCUUGCAGAUUGCAUUUAAGUUGUCAAGUUACAUGACCUUGCCGGCUCCUUAAUUUAUUGCGUGACCUGUCGAGCGCGCUGUGUUAGCUGUCAAGGUUCUAAGGUCAGAACUGUCACCUAUACAUCAAAAUUUUGAGCUGGAAAACCGUAUGCUCCGUCGCGUAUAAUUUCUAUGUACCAAACCCCUGACGCAUUUGACAAUUGGUGAUUCCUCGUUUUUAGUCUCCAGUUGUAAAUAACUCGAACAUUUCACAGACUCGGCGCUACUCUUAUACUUCAAGGGCUUGGUAAUAAAACCGGAAAGAACCAGAACGUCCUUCAAUGCUUUUAUCCUCUUUCCUCUCUUUUCGGAUCCCAUUGUCCCAAAAUAUUGAUAACGACGAGAAAACCUUUACGGCCUGACAGUCCCUCGUCACUGCCUCGGGACAUAAAUAAACCUAAAUAGGCCAAUCUGGAAAGCUAGGUGUUUUGCCUGUUAUUGUUGCAUAGACUAACCCGAAGCCAUGGUUCAAUAAAGCGAAUUGGAAUAAGGUCUGUCAUUAUGAACUUUAAGAGAACCCGGUCGCAAUCAUCUGGUCCCAGGCUUUUUCCAUGAUCGGGACAGAUAUGUCGCACAAUGUGUCGCAUUAAAAGAGUCUGACUGUUGACCUAUGGUGCUGCUAGAAAUUCGACCUGGUACUUUGAGUGUCGGUGAGGCUGCCAAGAUGUUACCUGACCUCAUUAUUACGCCGCUCAUCAUAUAGUCUCAGAUAGACUAUAUAGAAUUGUUCAGCCCAUCAGUACUCGAUGCCCGCACUGAGGUCUGUCGCAGCCCCUGCUCCGCCUGUUGAAAUUAUGGCUGAAGUCCAACUUCCUCAAAGAAGCGGAUUAUCAAGGAGAACUGGCUGCCAACCGAAUUGUACAAACACCACAGUGCACAUGUACCUGUGGGAAUUUUGAAGAAUUCGCCCCCGUGCCUGUCACAUUAUGUCCUAUGUUAAAAACGAGGAUUUUGGUCACUGAGCUUCGAACUAUGGUUCGUCGGCUGAAGUCAACAAGUUCCGUAUUAAGUCCUAUGGACCAUCCCACUGGUGUUUGCACUCCCGGGGGGCCGCUCUGAUUUGUAACAACCCAUUCACACAUAAAAAAGUGGUUGUUCAACGUGCCUUGCUCCACCGACUUCCUCUAACGUAAAGGAAAUAUGCUUAACAACAGACGAUUAGAUUAUGCUGGUAGUGACGUAUUAUCCAUAGCCAGAUGCCAGUCUACCAGAAGUGCGAGGCGUUUGCACCGUCCUAAUUGGUUUUUAUUGCCGUUCGCGUCGGCUCAUCCGUCUCUUGUUUAAGUCCAAAUCCUGUGAGCUAUGAUUCCAGACAGCAAAGUUUAAGCGUUGCACCAUGUUCAUUUCUAGAAGGAUGUGAACAUCUCCACUACCUGCAUCAAGUCUAAAAGGCAUUUCACUUAGGAUAUUGCGCACCGACCAGUAUUGAACAAGCCCUUUGCUGUCUAUUUUUAUGUUUUAACCGUGGUCGGAUUUUCAGCUUGAUAAUCUGGGUAGUUUUCCCUAGAUAUUUCUUUUUUAAUAGUUAUACAUUUCGCGCAGAUUAAGCCCAUCUUCUUUAUUCUGAUGAAUGGUAGAGAAGGAAAGGAGUGUAAACUCCAUAGAUAACUCUCGAUCCGAUUACGAAAGAUUCACUUCCAUUCCGCAUAAAUGAUGGGGGUUGAAAACGGGUGUUAGUUUUUGAGUUCAGCAUCCCAAACCGCCGGACAGAAGCCGCAAAGCUUCCAGUGGGGUACCGUGACGAAAGUGCGACUCAUAUGUUUGUUGACUAUUCAUAUUUUUCUACGCCCCACCUUAUAGCUCUGUCGACAUAAUUACAUUCAGACUGGUAUCACAUAUUAGUUCUGAAGAUUCCUUCAAUUCAUGCUUAUUGACGGGAGAAACUUGUACGACUUCGAUUUCUUGACAUUAUUACCAAACCGCCAAAAAAUUACUUAAGAUUACACGACGGACUUAUUAGUGUAGCCUUCGCCAAGUUUCGAUUAGUAAGGUUUGUUAGUGCACGUUUUUGCAUCUGUAUGUAACGUACGCCUGCCUCUUGAUACUGCAGGGUCACCCACUUAAUAUCCUUGCUUUAGCACAAAACUCGCGUGGCUCAGCAUUUGGAUACUCACUGUUUCUAAGUGCAUUUACUUUCCAUGUGUAUUCAGUGAAUUGGACUGUUUAAGUAAGUGCCAUAGCCCAAUACAUAAUUUCUAAAAAGCCACUUACCGAAUUUCCCCCUGAUAAUGUUUUCAUUCAGUACGAAAGUGUAUUCUCUUGUCGCAGGUCGAACAAAAAUACAUUAUACAUUCGAUGACUCGCGGGAAAUGGUUGAACAGUACGACAACCGCACCCAAGUCUUGAUUGGUUUGUGUCCAUUUUGUUGACGUUGUUUGCAGAGCGAAAAUGGAAGUGUCCAACGCAGCUCGGUGGAGAAGGCAGCUGGACGUAUGAAGUUGGAGAGCCGCCUCAAGCGCGAUCCACGCUUUUUGACGAUAUUCAAGAAUCAAAUGCAAAUGUAACUGCUUUCCAUGUAUAUUUCAACUAUCCACAGCCCAUUUUUGGCAGACUAGACACAAAGAACGACUUCCAGUGGCGCAUCAGAAACUUACCCUACCCUCUCAGCACCUAUCAGUUAUCCAUUGAAGACGAUGGUGAAACAAUUGUUCUCCGAACUACAAAUAAAAAGUUGUUUUUGUGUUGUUUGACUUUAAGAAUUUUAGAUAUUUCAAACGCUUUGGGAUCCCCGAUCUUCGUCGAAUUGGUUUAAAACUAGACCAAACAAACUUGACCAAAACCCAUUCCAAUAACACCCUUGUCAUUUCUGUAAGUUUUCAGUCUUUUUACUACUCUUUUAGUACAAGAAACCAGCGGCCUAUCUCCAGUUUGAGAAGGCACUCAGAAACGAAUUGGCUAAAACCAAACCACUCACGGAGGGUGAUGUUCCUUGCCAGUCUAUGUAA